UAUAGGUGUAAGUGUGGUAAUCUACUCAUAUUCAAAAUACAUAAUAAAACCUAACCUUGUCGAGGAACAAACGAUUUCAAAGUACAAUAAAAAUUGUGAUAAGAUAAAUCAUUAUUAUGUCAUUGACAAAUCUAUUUUAUUGAUAACACCUAGAUACACUGAUUAGCACAGGAGCAAUAUAGAAAGUAUUAGUUGUUAAUCAUACUCCACACCCAAAAAAGAUGGACCAAGUGCUAGUGCCUCUGGGUCAAGUUAAAACCCUAUAUGGUAAUAUAUUCAGAGACAGGCAACUUUUAAGGAUAUUUAUAUUAUCCACAACUGCAAGUAUUUUUACUGGAUGGUUAUAUGACUAUAUUUUUGAUGAUGAAGAAUCAUUCUACAUUCGUGUCAAAAAGACCUUCUUCAAAUACAUGAAGAAGAUCCCAAGCAUUAAAGCAAAGCUGGAUGAUGAAAUUUUGAGGAUCAAUAAUGGAUUUAGGAAGGAUGUGUAUAGUAAGACUAAACACUUGGACUAUUAUAUGCAGCUCCCAGAAAAGAAAAUGUCAAAGGAAGAGAUUAUGGAAGUGACUAAUGAAUACUUGAAUCUGGGAAGCUACAACUGGCAGGGGGGCAGGGUAUCUGGAUCUGUGUAUUACAGUAAUGCAGAAUUAGUUGAUUUGAUCAAGGAAGUUUAUGCCAAAACUUCUUAUACCAAUCCUUUGCAUCCAGAUGUUUUCCCAGGCAUAUGCAAGAUGGAAGCUGAGGUCAUUAGAAUGGUAUCUGAUCUUUUCCAUGGUGAUGAAAAUACUUGUGGAACUAUGACUAGCGGUGGAACAGAAUCGAUUAUCAUGGCUUGCAAGGCUUACAGGGACUAUGGUAAAGAAGUUCGAGGUAUUAAGAAACCGGAAAUGGUUAUACCGAUAACUGCUCACUCGGCGUUCGCAAAGGCCUCUCUUUAUUUGAGAAUCAAAGUUAAAUAUGUACCUGUUGAUCCAAUCACAACUAAAGUCGACAUUAAAGCAAUGAGGAAGGCAAUUUCAGGGAAUACAAUCAUGUUGCUUGGUUCUGCACCAAACUUCCCUUAUGGUACCAUGGAUGACAUCGAAUCUAUUUCUGAACUCGGUGUUAGAUACAAUGUACCAGUACACGUUGAUUCUUGCCUUGGUGGUUUCUUAACCAUCUUCAUGGACGAAGCCGGUUAUCCAAUUCCCACUUGCGAUUUUAGAUUGCCAGGUGUCAUGAGUAUUUCAGCCGAUACUCACAAGUACGGUUUUGCUCCUAAGGGUACAUCAGUUAUUAUGUACAGGAAACUGGAAUAUUUACAUCACCAAUACACAACCACCGUCGAUUGGCCAGGCGGCGUAUACGGAUCUCCAACUGUGAGUGGUUCAAGAGCUGGAGGAGCUAUUGCUGCUUGCUGGGCAACUCUUUUGAGCUUCGGAAAGGAAGGAUACGUUGCAGCAACCAGAGACAUAGUGCAUACUACUAAAUACAUCGAAAAGGGAUUGAGACGCAUUGAACACAUCUAUGUUUUCGGACAACCCGUUACAAGUGUUGUAGCAAUUGGAUCAACUGUUUUCGACAUUUAUCGCCUUCAAACUUACUUGUCUGAAAAAGGAUGGAAUUUGAAUAUCCUCCAAUUCCCCUCAGGCAUUCAUCUUGGAGUCACUCAUAUUCACACUCAACCUGGAGUCGCCGAUGCCUUCUUGAACGAUGUUCAAAAUGGUGUGAUUGAAGUUAUGAAAGAUCCAACAGCACCAGUCAUUGGAAAAAUGGCUGUUUAUGGAUAUGCUCAAGGUAUUCCAGACAGAUCAAUUGUCGAUGAAGUCACCAAUUGUUACUUAGAUGCGAUGUAUUACACUCCAAGAGCUGACGAUGAGAAAUUGUUGAUGUUGGAAUAGAAUGUAGAUUUUUUUUAAUAAGUUUUGUGCUUAACGUUUAAUUGUAAUGUAUUAUUUAUA